AUGACCACGGACAACGCGAACGCACAAUUGUUCGGAUUUCCGCCAGGAUACUUUGUGAUCCGAUCUCUUGCGACUGGUCGUCUUUGGGAUGUCAGUGCAGAUGCAGUCGAAGAUGGGACAGAGGUCAUCCUUUGGCCAGAGAAAGAGCACUCCCUCAUCGAAAGUUUGAGGAACCCAGAUGCGAACAAUCAGGUAUUCUUUAUCGAUACUUCGGGUGCACUGUGCUCGAGAGCUUCAGGUCAUGCUAUUGAUGUCGAAGGGGUGGAACGGCUCGUCCUGAGACAUAGGAGACCCAUUUCCAAGCCAUAUCCAAACGCAUACUCUCACCCAAUUCCGCAAUUUUCUUAUAAUCCGAAGACAAGAGAGAUUUCGGUGACAUUUGCACAGAAUCCAGCGUAUCCUCAACCACGCGAUGGCACGUCGAGCGCCUGGAGAAGGAAGACAUACAUCCUUUCCGCGAUCCCGAUGCUGAAACCACGUUCACUCGCCGACAAUGCUUCCGACUUUAUAUCGAGUGCUGUAGCAACACCGUUAUCUUUCUUUUCCGGAAGCAAAAGCACGAGCCCCAAGGCGACUCCAGAGGAUGUGUUCCACGAGGGAAUCGAUUUGACUGAGGAUGAAGUGUUGGAGCGAGAGAGAGGAGAAGAGGGUGAGGCAGAUGACUCUCCAGAACUCAUGAGAAGACUUCGCGUUCUUACCAUUGAUCCCGGAGACCCUCAGCCUGACGGAAUCAAUGCCAGGAAACGGAGGCAGUGGGAAAUCCUAACACUGCGAACUACUCCUGCUCAACGUCGGGUGUAA